CUAUUGACUGAUCUAUGACCUACGAAUCGGUUCUUCACACGAAAAGAAUGACACAACUUACCAGUAGUAGAUGUUUUGUUGACGAAGCUACUGGGCCCAUUAAGCUCAUAGACGUGUUGCUGCAGAAUCAGAACAAGGGAGUACAGUCUCGGCGCCAAUUAUACACUGUACAUGAAAUUGAGGCACAUCUACGCACUACCAAGCCAAGUCACUACUCACAUCGUCACCUAUCCAUAUGUCAAAAGACGUCAUGGAGCCCUUUACAGACUACUAAGGAGUUGCUCGACCUGUUUGUGUCUACGCAUAACAUAAAUAGCUCGUUCUGGGAUCUUCCGUCAUGCUUUUAUUAUCGGAACAAGGAGGUGGAAAUUAACCAUUGCCUCCCUGUCACCGUGAUUAGGAAUGGAUCCUUAACUGAGAUUGGAUAUACGAUCCGCUAUCCUGAGUUGAAACCUAGUGGGGAACAGUGGGUUAUUCGUCAAAGUGGUCUUUAUUAUCGACAUGACGCGACUACCUCUCAAACAGUAUCCGUAUUGUUUAGUCCAACACCAAAUUCUACAGCGCAUCAGAAGAUAGAAGAUUACCUGCUUAGCACCGACUUCGAUCCAUGUCAUAUCCACGAAAUCUUAUUCGGGGCGUAUUUCCCCGCAUUCAGAAAAUAUAUCGCUUCUCUAGAAGCGAAACUGUUACCUAUAACAAGCUCUACGUUUUCUACCUUCAUCGAUGAACCUCUGCGCGUAGGAUACGAUAACCUAAGCGCUUUGGCAAGCCUUGAUAGCCAGUUCGCCCAGGCGUCAACUUUCUUAUCCCAUGGAGAAGAAGUGUUGCGUGAGCUCUCGUCAAUACUAGGCCAUGAGAAUCAGAACAUUCGGACGGUAGGGGAGCUUGAUAAUCAUCGUCGUCAAGUCGUAGCUCAUAAUCGCACUUCGACGCUCUUGCAAAAGCGAGCACAUACUACCACACAGCUUUUGACAAACACUCUGUCUUGUCACGACCAACUUCUAGCCAAACAACAGAACGGCAAUAUGCUACGACUCAACAAAUCAGCCGUGUUCCUAACAACAUUGACACUUCUAUAUCUACCUGCUUCGUUCGUGGCCACAUUUUUCGGUAUGAACUUCUUUAAUUACGACGAUCAAACAGGAAAACUUAUUGGCACUCCGUCAAUUUGGAUAUAUGUUCUUUCCUCCGUUUUACUAACCAUACUUACCUUUUCGAUCUACUACUGGGUCAUACACCAUGACGGCCCGAUAGUUAAGAGAAUGUCACCAAAGAUACCUAGAGGCAAUGUCAUAGAUUUGGGGACACUGGCCCGGCGCACUUUGUCCAUGAAGGGAUCCACAGAGAAGUCCGAAGGCGUUCCGGCUUAAAAAAAUAAAAAGCAGCUGGUACCUUGAUAGGUAGAUAGACUCGUUUUUAUGUAAAAGUGCUGUUUCCUAUCGAUAA